GAAAGGCCAGGUCAAAAUGUCUAAAACAAGUAAACGGAGGAGAGGCACAAAGUCUGAGUUCGUUAUGUUUGUUUUGGUUUUGAUGAUGGAGUUUACAUGAAUUUUACACCACCGGAAGAGAGAGAAGCUAAUUGCCUUAGCUUCUUCCUGCUUCCUUUUCUGUUUCCUUCUUUCUUUUCUCGUUAGCUAAAAAAGAAAAUCCAAGAAGGAAAAAGAAAACCAGACACAGCGGGUUUGGAGACUUGCCUGGUGGGUGGCAGUGUUGGGACGGUGCCAAAUUCUUGGCAUCUUCACAGCCUGCAACUCACAAUUCUUGGGUCUUUCUUUUUCUUUUGUUUUCUUAAAUGGCUCUCGUCCCUUAUGACGAUGGGUCAUCGCUGACAAAUGCCACCGUUGUAGCCAUUGACAAAGACAAGAACAGCCAGUAUGCCGUCCGAUGGGCUAUUGAUCAUCUUAUAAUCAAUAACCCAGUUAUUGUUCUUAUUCAUGUUAGACACAAGACCCAUCAACAUCAUUCUGCCAAUGGGAAUGAUUCUGAAUCAGAUGAAGUGCAGCAGCUUUUCAUUCCCUUCCGAGGAUAUUGUGCUCGUAAAGGGGUUCAGUUAAGGGAGGUCGUAUUUGAUGAGACAGAUGUGGCAAGAGCACUCCUGGACUAUAUCAGCAAGAACUAUGUUGCAAGUAUUGCUCUUGGUGCUUCAACGAGAAAUGCUCUUACCAGGAAAUUCAAAACCCAAGAUGUUCCCACCAGCUUAAUCAAAUCUGCACCAGAUUUUUGUUCUGUCUAUGUUAUUUCCAAAGGAAAAAUCAUGUCUGUAAGAACAGCACAAAGGCCUGCUGCUAAUCCUCCAGUUCCACCCAAGGCACCAUUUCCACUAUCACUUCCAGCUCCACACCCUUAUGAUCACCCUGAACAUGAGGAUGGAUUUAGAGGACAGUAUGCGAAAGCAUAUUACAGAAAUCCAGCAUCAUCAGAAAAAUUUCUUUUGGACAAGAGCAACGAUUCCUUCAGAAGUCCAUUUCGUGAGAGAAUUAGAACUCCAUCCAUUCUUUCUAUAGAAGGCAAUGACGUCUCAUACCCAGGGACAGGGCCAAGACUUUCAAAUGCUCGCGAAUCUAUACAUGAAGAUACUGAUCUUUCAGCGCCAUUUUUUCCGGGGUCCUUAGACAUUGCAGCCCAAAAUUCAGAAUGUUCUCAGAUGUCUCCCACAGAGGGUCUUUCACAAAAUGCACGAGACUUGGAAGCUGAGAUGAGAAGACUGAAGCUUGAACUUAAGCAGACCAUAGACAUGUACAGUACAGCUUGCAGAGAAGCACUCACAGCCAAAAAGAAGGCUAGUGAGAUUCAUCAAUGGAAAAUGGAGGAGGCUCGGAGAUUUGAGGAAGCUAGACUUGCUGAAGAGGCAGCUCUUGCCAUUGCAGAGAUGGAAAAGGCCAAGUGCAAGGCUGCUAUGGAAGCAGCAGAGAAAGCACAGAGGCUAGCAGAGAUAGAAGCACAAAAAAGAAAACAUGCAGAGAUGAAAGCCAAGAGAGAAUCCGCUGAGAAGGAUCGUGCACUGAAUGCUUUAGCACAUAAUGAUGUGCGGUACAGAAAAUACACUAUUGAAGAGAUAGAAGAAGCCACAGAAAAUUUUUCCAACUCAAAUAAAAUUGGUGAAGGAGGAUAUGGACCUGUGUACAAAGGCAAGCUUGACCACACACCAGUUGCUAUAAAAGCUCUAAGACCUGAUGCUGCUCAAGGGAAGAAGCAAUUCCAACAGGAGGUUGAGGUUUUGAGCUGCAUCAGACAUCCAAACAUGGUCCUUCUUCUUGGAGCCUGCCCGGAGUAUGGAUGCUUGGUGUAUGAAUACAUGGAAAAUGGCAGCUUGGAAGAUAGGCUGCUUCGAAAAGAUAACACCCAUCCAAUUUCGUGGAGGAGAAGGUUCAAGAUAGCUUCUGAGAUAGCAACUGCCCUUCUAUUUCUCCACCAAGCAAAGCCAGAACCCCUUGUCCAUAGGGACCUUAAACCAGCUAACAUCCUCUUGGACCGUAACUUUGUGAGCAAGAUUAGUGAUGUUGGCCUGGCACGGUUAGUUCCCCCAUCGGUAGCUGAUAGUGUGACUCAAUAUCACAUCACAUCAGCUGCAGGUACAUUUUGCUACAUAGAUCCUGAGUAUCAACAAACAGGAAUGCUAACUACAAGAUCAGAUAUAUACUCGUUGGGAAUAAUGUUGCUUCAAAUUAUCACUGCCAAAUCUCCAAUGGGUCUUGCACAUCAGGUUGCCAAGGCCAUUGAAAGAGGAACAUUUGAAGAGAUGCUUGACCCCUCGGUGACAGACUGGCCUGUUGAAGAUACUUUAAUCUAUGCUAAAAUGGCACUCAAGUGUGCUGAACUAAGAAAGAAGGACAGGCCAAGUCUUGCCACAAUUAUUUUGCCAGAGCUUAACCGGUUGAAAGAUCUCCAAAGGCAUAACAUUGAUCAACAUGGUGAUCCUCCACACGGCAGCAGAAGUCGCAGUCGUAGCCCUCUUCGUCAUUCUCCCUCAACUGGAAAUGACACAUAAAGCAGCUGAUGUGGGGAAUUCACCACAUAUGUGGGAAGAUGAAAGUGAAAGAAGUUGAGGACCAAUUACAUACAAACAGAAUCAAAUACUAGAAAGCUGCUUGCUGAUAAACAAAAGGGUGGAAAUUGAAGGGUGCUGGUCAGUUGAGUUGCUAGUUUUUAUUUAAAAAACAACUUAAAUCAAGAAAUGUAUAUCAGAAGAACAAGAACUAUAUAUCUUCAGACUUUUUUAUUUUUUUGGUUCUUGUAAAAAAUGGCUACAAAGAAAUUGCACCAGAAAAUUUCCAUUAUUGUUUUUCUCGCAGCAGAAUAGAUAGUGAUUUGUUCGUUACACUACAAUCUUCAAGUUCCUGGAAACUUCUUUAUAUUCAUAUACCUCUUCAGAGGAGACAAGAUAGUGAUACCAUAUUACAUCAUGCAAGUUCUCUCCACCAAUUAUUUUAUCGAUAUAUUAUAAUAAAAUGAAAUAAUCUAUCAAGA